UCUUGGAGUCAUGAAAAGAAAACACACAAGAAAAAAAAGCUAUAAUUUAUUAAAAAAGAAAGGUAUCUCUCCUCAUGUUUUUCCGCAGCAUUUUUCUCUCCUCCAAACGCUAAAAACAGACAGACAGAAAGUAAACAAACAAAAUAAUCACGAAUCUGCUCAUUGUGACCAAAGGGAAAGAAGAAGAAGGAAACACAAGAUGGAGACCUCUCCUCGUUGUUUGGUUUCUUUCCUUCAGAUUCUCAUCCUGUCUGGAUUCGCCUUGUCUCUUCCCCUCUCCCAUGAUGCAUUGGAAACACACGCAGCCACGAGCCGAGCUCUUCUGCAGGCAAAGAUGCCGUGCAAAGAAGAUUUUGCGAACAAGAACUACACGGUGAUAACGAGCAGAUGCAAAGGGCCAAACUACCAGGCGGGGAUGUGCUGCGAGGCGUUCAAGGAGUUCGCAUGCCCAUUGGCCGAAGCCAUAAAUGACGACAAGACGGAUUGCGCCACCACCAUGUUCAGUUACAUCAACCUGUACGGACGUUACCCUCCGGGGAUAUUUGCCAACAUGUGCAAAGAGGGCAAAGACGGUCUUGACUGCUCCAAUGUCACCACCUCUUCCUCUUCUUCUUCCUCCAUUCCCCUUUCCUCCUCCACUCUUCUCUCCCUCUCUUUUCUCCUCCUCUUCUUCUUCUUCUUCUGAUGUCUUCAUUUCAUCUUGUUUGCUCGCCACUAGUAGGAACGUUUCUGCCGGUCUAUUGUAUGACAUAUCCAAGGGUGCAAAAUGUACACGAUUUCACCUGUUAAAACCGUUCUGAAAAUUGCAUUGUGGUGGCAUGGCACAUAGCUUCAACUAUGCCUAUGUCCAUUGCUGCAUCUGUCGCUA